UACAUCUGUUGCUUUUUAAGAUAUUUGACAUUGAACAUUACUAUUAUUAUUAUUUAUACCAAAUUAUGCGACUAUCGACCGCUAACUCAUAGAUAUUGUGCGUAUUUAUUGACCUGGCGUGGCGGAAUUAACCUCUGACUUAUGCAAAUAAUGGAAGAGUGGUGCCACCUUCGUUACUCAUGAACCAUGAAGGAUGGGGACGAGAAUGACAGUGUGUCUAAGAACCAUACCAUUCAAAUGCACCAGAUUCCUGCUAUGAGCCAUGCAGGGGCGGCGGGGGGUCAGCAGGGCGGGCUGCAGACUCUGACCCUGGGGCAGUUACAGAGCCCGGGCUUGCAGCAGGGCCUGGUCUUCCAGAGCCUGUAUGGGCAGACAGCACUGCCUGUUCAGAUACCGGUGUCAAGUCCACUGGGUAACCUCCAGCUGUCAACAGCAGACUUACAGCAACUUCAGCAGCAAAUUCAAAUGCAACUCCAGCAGCAGCAGCUUCAGCAGUUACAGCAACAGCAGCAACAACUGCAACAACAAUCACAAGCUACAACACUGGCUACUCUGCAACAGCUGGCCCCCUGGUCCCUGCAGGCCCUACAGAGCCAGAUGCAGCCAGUGAGUACACUCCAGACAGGUCAGCUGACCUCUAUGCCCGGCAUGCAGCAGAUUGUGCUCAUCAGCCCUUCCCAGCUCACCAGCCUGGCCGGACUGCAAGGCCUGCAACCGCAGCUGAUGAUACAGGCACCGGGAACCAACCUGGUACUAGGCGGGUUCCUAAUCCCAGGUCUCACAGCGGCCAUACCAGCGAUAUCAAUCGCCCAGCCCCUCACCCCCAUCAAGCCUGACACCAUGACCACCCUAUCCCUGAGCCAGGCCACACACCAGCAGUUGCCUACGACAACCGCCAGCCAGCAAAAACCAUUGACCUUGACCCGGAUGGAUUCGGUUGGAAACUCUGAUAGCAUGUCGAUCAACGCGGAUAUCAGCACUUCUGGACUCGCCUCUCUGUUACCAGAAGAAAAUAUUGACCUUGAGGAGCUUGAGCAGUUUGCAAAGUCCUUCAAACGGAGGAGAAUAGAGCUAGGAUUCACACAAGGAGAUGUGGGCCUUGCCAUGGGUAAACUGUAUGGGAAUGACUUCAGCCAGACGACAAUCUCUCGCUUUGAGGCACUGAACCUGAGCUUUAAGAACAUGUGCAAACUAAAACCGUUGUUGAGCAAGUGGCUGGAUGACGCCAUUCAGGUCACAGCAAAUAAUAAUGCUGACGGUGACGGGGAUGAGGGUUCUAUGACGCCAGAGUCCAUCUCUAGGCGACGGAAGAAGCGUACCAGCAUUGAGACAACGCUACGUGUGACGCUGGAGAAGAGUUUUAUGAGCAAUCCUAAACCUACUGGAGAGGAAAUUGCCAAUUUGGCUGACAGUCUAAACAUGGAAAAGGAGGUUAUACGUGUGUGGUUCUGUAACCGACGGCAGAAAGAAAAACGUAUUAAUCCUUCCACCUCUUAUUCCACGUUGCAGAUGAUGAAUCAGACAUUUAGCGUUGUUGCUAACCCAUCCCAUACUACAUCUGCAAGCCAUGGGGUCAACGCAAACUCAGAUCAUCAGACGUCCACUGCGACCAGUGUCGGUGAUCUUAUUACAAACGCUACUAUGACAAACGCUCAGGGAAAAACGUUGCCAAUUUCGCUUUAUUGUAACAGCAAUAAUACAAUCACUAUAACCCCAUCAAACCUUUCAAAUGUUCUCACAGUUUUACCUGUGAAUUCAGAAGACAAAAUGAAUCACCACACAUCACAUAGUGGACAGAAUUUAAUUGUGCAUGCUGUUGUCAACAAGUCAUAGUAAUGAACAAUUUAUUUCUUAUAACAGAAAUGUGCUAUUGUAAGAUUUGUGAUGGUUUUUUAAUUAGGUCACACACAAUUAUAAAAUGUUUUUUUUAGUAUAUACUUCAAGUCGGUAGAAUUUUGUGAAUGUUUUUUACUGCUUACAUUAACAAAAUUUACCUGUGCUUUUGCUGAUGAGUUAAUUAUUAAUAUCACAUGUUCCCACAUUGUUAUAAUUUCUGUAGACUUAGCCCCUAAGUCACAAUUUUCUUGUUUAUAGCACGUUUUUCCAGCAAUACUAAUUAAAGUUUUAUGCACAUAUUUAAUCAAUGUAUGAUCUCUGCCAGUUUUAAAUCUUUCAAGUUUUCACCGCUAUUCUUUACCAAUAAAUUUACAUCAGGCAUGUUUUACAUGUUGUGCUCAAUAAGUAUGAACUAGGUGAAUACUUAAAGCAAAGAGCAAUGAAUGCAAAAACGAUACAAUAAUUGUAUUGACAAUUAACAUCUGGAGUAUGGAUGACCUGCAUGGCUGUAUACCCUUAUACAAAGUAAUACUAUAAGUUUUUGUCUGAUUAUGUCUUGUUAUUUUAUGUUAGUUAUACGUUUGAGAAGUUAUUUGUUUUAUUGAUGAUGUAUACAUUCUGAAAAGAACAAAGCAUUGCUCAGUUGUCUUUUAAUUGAGUUAUCAUUAAUAUAUAUUAUAAACCAAUAACAAACACAAAGUUCACAUUUUUACAUUACACAUGCAGUGCAAAUACAGAUGAUUACCAUGUGUUCAAGCCAUUGACAACAAUUUUGUGCAUUAUUUCGAGAUUUUAUUAUUUAGUUUUAUGCACAUUUUGAUCAAUGUUAAUGUGCAUAUUUCUUAAGUUUUUACUCCUAUUAAUUUACAUCUAUCAAUUAAUGAAUCUUUUAAUGGUAUUUGUUUUGUUUGAUUAUGCACUAGGGUUCUUCAAUAUGGCUCUCAUCUGUACGUAUCUUGUUUGUCAGGUAUGUGGGUAGCGUAGAAUACGAUGUGUAGUUGGUUAGAUACCCAAUCAUGCUUACUCAAAGUUUCAGUGCCAACGCAACUCUCUUGUUACACAUUUCAAAAUCCAUAUUUCAUUAUUUCCAUUGAGUAGCGUUCUGAGAAAACUGGGCUUAAUGCAUGUGUAUAAAGUGUCGUCCCAGAUUAGCCUGUGCAGUCCGCGCAGGCUAAUCAGGGACAACUCUGCUUAAACUAGAUUUUUGGUAAAAAGGGACUUCCUUUAAACGAAAAGUAUCAUUAAAGCGGAAAUGUCGUCCCUGAUUAGCCUGUGCGGACUGCACAGGCUAAUCUUGUACGACACUUUACGCACAUGCAUUUUGCCCAAUUUUCACAGAACAAGACACAUUUCAUUAUUUUCAUUUAUUACCUAUUUACAUACAUAUUUUACACUCUCACUUUCAUGAUUAACCCCUUAUUUCAUAGUUCCAUAUUUUACAAUACAUUGUACAUCCAAUUGUAACCACUGCAUCCUAAGUUUUAUGUUUCACAAUAAAUCAAUUUCUUUCAUUAUUUUUUAUACCGUAUUGAUCACAUUCACCUGGUUACAUAUUUCACAGUAAUUUUCACCCUUAUUUUAUUCACAUAAAUAUUGUUAUGCAUUAGAAUACAUUUGGGUAUUACCACGAUGGCAGCUAAAUUGUACAGACAAAACGUAGUUUUAUGAAUUUUUGAAUCUUUGGAUUUAUAAUACCUGCUAUGUAGUGUUGACUCGUAUCCUUGCAAAGCCUGUAUAAGUGUGUUUUUUAACCCAUUCCCUCUUAGAUACCUAUUUUGACGCAUUACUAUUUCCUUAGAAAGUUAUAUUCAAUUUUAGAACAUUCUUACUAGAUUAAAAUUUCAAAGUGUCCAAACCUUAGAUACUGAUGAGCAGCAAACAGCAUAAAACAUUAACAGACUGCGAGUUACUUGCAGGCUGUUCUAGUUUUAUGCUGUGUGCACAUAGCCAUUUUCGCUUUGCUUCUGAGUGGGAAAGGGUUAAAUAAAUACUUUAAGUAUCUAUUUGUGUCCAGAUUUCUUUGGUAUCACUGAUGUUACCGUAAUUAGUUGUGAUGUUUAAUUUUUAUGGUAGCAAAUGGGCAAGCUACUUAGUUUUCAGUUGUAUAUCCAGGGCGUGUUCAACCAUACCAUAGCUAAUAUGCAUCUUAAAACAAGUGAAACUUUACUAACUACUUUCCAAUUAGUUAAUAUAAUGCUUUCAAAACAUUCCUGUUGAAUGCAAGUUUGAGCCGCACUUGGGAAAACCAGGUUUAAUGCCAGUGUAUUAAGUGUUGUUCUAGAUUAGCCAGUGAUAUCGUCCCAGAUUAGUCAGUGCUAUCUGUGUUUAUGGAAUUUCGUGUUUAAACCACGUCCCUACUAAAGGAUAAUCCAGUGUGGUAUGUGUCAUCCCUGGCUGUUGAGAUCACACAGGCUAAUCUGGGACGACACUUUCAGCUUUUAUGUCAUUUUUCGUUUAAAUGAAGUCUCUUCUUAGCAAAAAUCCAAUUUAGGCGGAAAGUGUCAGCCCUGAUUAGCCUGUGCAGACUGCACAGGCUAAUGUGAGACGACACUUAACGCACAUGCAAUAUGCCCAUUUUUCUCAGAACGCGACUCAUAUUGUAAGAGCUUUGUUGUUGCAGUUUUUCCAUUCAUACAUGAAAUACAUGGUGUGUUGUAUUGACUUCUUUUUUGUAGAGUUUGUAACACUUUUGAAUUCUUUAGAAAAAAUAUUAUAUUUUCACUAUUUGCCUGCUAGGUAAUCUUGUUUAAGGUUUACUGAAUGGUAAAUGUAUCGUUAUUGUCUAAACAUUAAUAUUAAUGUGGCAUUGAAACAUUAAAGGAACUCAACACCCCAUGUGUAACCAACCACUGACUUUAAUUGUGCUACAACUUUUAAAGAUGCAUUUCAGCUGUGUUACCACAAUUAUUUUUCUCAGUAUUUUGUGAUGAACACAUGAGGAGAAGUCAAUAUCUUAAGUUGGAAUCUUGACAUUCUUAACAUGAAAGGAAAUCAAACAUUUUUGUAUUCCUUGCAACCUAAAUCAAGAAAAUAAGGACUCUGUCCAUUUUAAGUGUUACCAGGUAAUGGUUUUAUGGAGUAUAUGUACAAGUGUUGAAGUGCUGAUGAGUGUUAUGCAUUUAGUUAUUUGAUCCAGUUAGUCAUUCAUAACCAUCUCAGUGCCUCUUAUAUGGAAGGUUGUGAACAAUAAAAUAAACAUGUUCAUCAAAA